AUGGUGAAAAAAACUUUUUUCCCUUUCCUAAAGACAGAAGGUUAAAGAGUAAAUGGGUGAAAUGGGAGAAAUAUUACCUUUGCAACUAAACGAAGAAUCAAGUAUGAAUUGCGACAUAUUCGAAACUGUAGCAUUAAAUAUACUAAAAAGCUUUGGACCACAAUACGCUUGUAAUGCACACAAUGAGAUCUUCCAAUAUGUGCGAGGAUUGCAAAAUAUUACUUUGUCGGAUAUGUAUACCCCAAGGUCACGAGAACCACAAUUACUUGCAUAUCAGUAAUGUUGCAUCUAAAGGAAAGGACAUACUGCAUGUACUUUUAGAAAGUUGUCGUUUAGGUAUAAAUUGUCUUAGGAACUGCAUCAAUAAUGAAUUAGAUCAUGCACAUUUUAUUGAUGGAAACUGCGACGCAUUGAUCCAAAAUAUACGUAAUACUUUCCAUCCAAUUAUAGCGGCUAUCAUGGAGCGUGAACGCUUUCUUUUAGAUUUUGUUGAAAAAAUACGUAAAAAGCGGAUGGAGAAUCUAUAUGAACAAAUGACUGCCCUAAAGUCUGCAUUUUCUGGUUUAAUGGAUACAAAGGGUAUGUUGCAGCAUUUAGCAGCAAAUGGACACCAGAUGGAUGACCUCAGCAUUGCUAUGAAGCUAGUAGAAGGAAAUCGACAAAUCGAAAUAUCGUCAAACAUUUUCAAAGAAAAACACCCGAGAAAUGAUUUUUUCAAGUUUUACGAACCACUUGCUUUCAAAAAUGUAUUAAAUGAUAUAAAAAAGCAAGGAUCUGUUGAACUGGCGGAAUCUCAUUUACCUAAGGAUGACUAUGCCGCUGCAUCUAUGGAUAUCAUAUCUGAUUUAUUACAAAGUUCUGGUGACCGUGAAAUGCUUUCAUCAUCGCUUCAUCAUAUAGUGAAACAGAAGAAUAAACAAGGCAUAGAUGUUGAAAUAGCACCGAACAAUUUGAAAAACGAGCCAACUCGAUCGAACGCCAACGCAAAAAAUGUUGUCGUCGGAGAAGCGGUACCUGGUUGGAUUAAUAAAAUAAAAGCCUUUCGUUCUGAUGUACCUACAUUGGCUUUUGCCACUAGUGGAAACGGCGAUGGCCAAGUUAGUCGGCCUUCGGGAGUUUGCGUCACUAAAACGGGCCAAAUUUUAGUAACCGAUCGACGUAAUUGCAAUGUUCAGGCUUUCGGCGUUGAUGGACGCUUUCUAUUUAAAUUUGGUCGAAAAGGAAAUGCUAAAGGUGAAUUUGAUUCACCAGCUGGCAUCUGUGUAGACAAAAGUGGACGUAUUAUUAUUGCGGAUAAAAAUAACCAUCGUAUUCAAGUGUUUUCGUCGGGUGGAAUGUAUCUGCUCUCAUUUGGUGAGCUGGGAUCGGAUUAUGGUAAAUUGAAAUUUCCGUUUGAUGUUGCUGUAAAUACAAAAUUACAAAUAGCUGUGGCAGACACAGCCAAUCAUCGCAUUCAACAAUUUGAACAUAAUGGACGUUUCAUAAGACAAAUACCAAUGGGUAUUCUAAAAUCCACCGGUUAUGAAAUAACGCCUCGUGGAUUAUGCUACACUCCAACUGGCAAAAUCAUUGUAUCGGAUUACGCAAAUCAUUGCUUGCAUCUAAUUGAACCGGUGAGGAAUAAAAUUGUGUCAACUAAAGGCAGCCGAGGUCCCCUUAUAACUUAAAAAUGAUAAACUGGACUGAAUUUAGCAAUAAAAAAAAGCAAUUUAAUUAUGAAAAAUUGCAAUUAAUGUAUUACAAGUACACAUAUAAAAAU